AUGGCCAUCACGAUCACCUCUAAUGCCGACCUUCCAACAUGCUUGAAUACAGAGUCAAAGCAAGUCAAAAAGGCGAAGCAGCUGGCUCACUCACACUCUGGCAUUCCUGCAAAGAAAGCUCGAGGUCCUCGCAUCCAAGGAUUUUUCAGCAGAACCAUGAUUGUAACUUUGCGGAGUGAUGAGGAGGUUAUUAUCCAAUUUCGGCCCGAACCUAUGGAUAUGGAGCCUUUCAAGAUCGCUCGAGAGGCCUUCGGACCCGUCGUUCCCGAUAUUGAGCUUCUCAAGGACGAAGACCUAGAGCGCGAUGGCAUCUGGCCUUAUUGGAUGACGCGCAUUCCCGGCCAAACAUGGUUCGAAGGCACCAGAGGGAAAGGCCCUAAGGUCACCGUCACAAUCAACAAGUCAUUAGGCAAGAUCUUCUCUAAAGGCUAUGUCAAGGGUAGCAGCGAUCAUGUUGUCGAUAGCAAGAUCCGCCCCCAUCUGGAAUUGCUUCUAUCCUCCUCCGACGACCAAAUCCACCCAUUUAAAGAAGUAGCCAGAGAUCUACUUGGCAAAUUGGAUCAACUGAAGAGACUUCCGCUGUUUAUAUCACACUUCGACCUGAACGAGAUGAAUAUCAUGGUGGACGAGAACUGUGAGGUAUCGGGCAUCAUUGACUGGGGAUUCUCAUUCCCCCUUCCUUUCGGCAUGGGCUUCGGCCGUAUCCAUACCCUUGCUGGAGAGUUUUCUGAGAAAAGGUUUCACAUGCCGGACGAGUUUGAGGAGUCGGAGAGGGGAUUUUGGCAGGAGGUAUUUGAUGGCGUUCCGGCAGACAUCCGAAAAGUCCUCGAUGCGAAUCUAGAUGUGGUCCAGAUGGCCGUCAUACUAGGGACGAUGUUGGACACUUUCGAGUCAGAGGAGGGGAAACUCGGGCCAUAUAAUCCUGUGAGCGUGGAAGCCCUUCCGAAGUUUCUCUCCUAUCGGAUUCCUUUCCUGAGAAACUCGGAUCCGCCCUAC